AUGUUUCGUUCUUUAUUCGUAAUGAUAUUCAAUACCUCCGAAAUCGAGGCCAAUAUCUUUGGCAUGGCUGACGAUGUGUACAAUACCAUCGAGAUCUUCAAGGAGGCAGCCACAUUCGAGGAAAGGAUCGCUAGACCUUACAAAAUGCUGUCGGGCGUUCUUGACUGUUUGGUUUUCAUGGUGGUGGCUCUAAUGGUGGUGGGUUUCAUUAUGCAUGAUCGUAUUGUGGCGUUCAGAAAAAUGGCUAAACGGAAAAACCAAAAGGUUGCAGUGAGGCAAAAUAGGAUCCGGAAACCAAAAAGAGCUUCUGGGACUUUGCUCCCCGAAAAUGAUAAUGAAAAUGCUGUGGAGCCAGAAGAAAAGGACGAUAACAGCAUUGGUUUUUCCGGGAAUGACGACAAUGACGAGGACAAUAUCACCCUUCGACCCAAAGACGAGGGAGAAAAUAAGGAAAUCGCCAUGAUUGGAACUCCGAAAUGGGCCUUGAAAUGGCUAACCACAUUAAGAAAUAAAAGUUUCGGAUCGUUUUACGAUGGCUUGUUCCGGUAGAUUAAAAAGAACACGUCACACAUUGUAAAACUGCCCAGUAACUUUCUCGGUUCGAUUCCAUACGGAUCUUCGAGGUUUUGCGGUUAGCGACUUAAAUGGUGUAUUGGCCGGAUUCAGGUACCACAAAUUGCCUUAUUAUACCAGAUAUUAAUAUGAACACCCAAUAAGUACGUGAACAUGACUCAUUCAAUUACGAAUGCAUCUUACAAUGCAAUAAAGAACUAAAACGUUGAAA